CACAAGCUCAAUUCUUGAUACCGUAUCAUACCAGACAGAAUCUUAUGAUACCCAGCACUACUGAGGAGGGUCCUGAUGCAGAACGUGGUGUGAUUGUACUUUUCGAAGGUCAACCAGGGCAAGCAGCGUACUCAGCCACCAAAGGCGCACUUCGUUCUAUGGCUCUGCCUCUGGCUCGUGAUCUGGCGCGACAUUCCAUCCGGGUCAUGGCGAUCGCGCCGAAUAUGUUUGACGGUUUGGUGUACCCGAAGCGGUUCGGACAGCCUUUCGAAUUUGCGCAGACGGUUCAAUGGAUAUUACAGUGUGCCUAUGUCAAUGGAGAAACAGUACGGUUGAGCGGUGCGAGUAGGAUGCCAGCAAAGAUGUAGUUUCAAAUUUGAUAUUUCUGAGAAUUACUGCUUUCAAAGCUGGAACCUGUCCCGUCGUGAAUGUUGAUAAACUCAAUGGUCGUCUUAAACAAGUGGGCACUGAGUAUUUCGGUCGCGGCGCAUACAUACAUGCAUAUAUUGUUGUUUCUCGAAGAAGCAGCAGGGGAAAAAGAUUAAGAAGAGUGCGAUGGGAGAAACAUACA